UUGUGAGACGGACGCUCUACCAACUGAGCCAACACACCGGUUGGCUCAGUCUAAGGAAAUCAUUAUUUUCAUCAAUCUUAAUAUUACCUGAAAGUAUCUUCCCCCUGUCAUAAUUGUAUAUUCGAUAGCUUUGAGAGAGAGGAAAAAAGAUGAUAAGAAUGAUUCACAAUUAUGCAGAUAUGCAGAGAUAGACAAGAACUAUUUCCUAAAUGGCAUGUUGUAGAAGACUUUGAUCGAAUGCACCUGACACUUUAAGCAACGGUUUCACGACUUAAAGUCGUGAAUGUGGUCUAUAAACAUCCUUGAAACUAUCAGACUUUAGUAAUUAUGGCAGAAACAUAUAUUACAGUUAGAAUAUGUUUGGUCUUGAUCAUAUUGAGGACUCUGGCAAAUGCCGAUGGCCCAGAGCCCGAGGUCGUUUACCAACGGGACGGCGACGUCGUCAUCGGUGGGUUAUUUGGACUCCACUACAGCACUAGAAAUUCAAAGGCGUGCCUUAUAAUCAGGGAGUUCCAGUCUCUGAAACGCGUCGAGGGCUUCGUCUACGCCAUCGAGUACAUCAACAAUGACAGUUCGAUCCUACCCGGCAUCACCCUCGGGUUCCAGAUCUACGAUACGUGUUACUACGACAUCGUCGCGCUCGGGAGAUCGAUGAACUUUGUCCCCGACAGGAACGGGGUCAUUUGUAAUUGUGUGAAUGAUACCUACAGGGGAGUCAAGGGGACGUCGUCACCGGGAGGAAGUUGUUCCGGGUCGACGAGACACUCCACUGUCCAAAGUAAUGGCAGCGGUGGGAUGUGCUGCAGAGGAACCCCGUUGAUUGGCAUCGUGGGUGCGGAACGCAGUGAGUCCAGCAUGCAGGCAGCGACUCUCUUGGGUCUACAGGCCACACCGCAGAUCAGCUAUCUCUCUACCAGUGAUUCAUUGAGCGACAAGCAAGUCUAUCCAUAUUUCUUAAGAACAGUCCCACCCGAUCGCUAUCAGGUCAGCGUCAUUGUGGACAUUCUCACCAACUUUAACUGGACUUAUGUAUCUUUCCUGUACUCUGAUGACGAAUACGGGCAAAAUGCUUACUCGGAAUUCCUGGUACAGACAGCAGAGGCUGGAAUAUGCAUCGCAUACCAUCAGUCUUUAGACGAAACUGCUGACCCUGUAGAGUACGACAAGAUCCUAGCUAAGAUGAUGGCGUACCCCUACAACAAGGCCAGGGCUGUAGUGCUCUUCACCCAUCCACAAAGUGCAGUAAAGAUCCUCAACUCGUCCAUCAAUGGAUCAGCUCCUGGACACUUUACCUGGAUCGCCAGUGACGGCGUAGGAAACAUCGGCGCCGAUGCGUUUGACAUAGCCGGAUUGAAGUCUGCAACACUAGGAAUGAUGGCCACUGUCCCAUACUCAAGAAGCCUCACAGCUUUUGACGACACGUUCUCUCAAAUCAACCCAGAAACGAGUGAUGAUCCAUGGGUUGACGAGUUCUUCAGGAGGUAUGUUGACUGUCCACUGGAUGAAAAUGAAGCAACGCAGUCCCAAUGUCAAGGUCGGUGGCUUAACAGUCGUCUUCCAAGCUUUGAGACCCUUGUCAUGGAUGCUGUCUUUGCCUACGCCUAUGCCCUGGACGCCAUGAUGAAUGAGGAAUGCAUGGAGGAGACUGACGUAACCGCUUGCGUCAUUCGUCUUGGGACCGAUGGCAAACACUUUGCCCCUUACCUGUUUGCAACGGCCUUUGAGAGCUUGGCCAAUGGGAAUUUCAGUUUUAAUCAGUAUGGCGAUGGGGAGGGAAGGUACGCCAUUGAGAACUAUCGCCUAGGUGCAGAUGGUGUUAUCCUGGAAGCAGAAAGGGUGGGGUUUUGGAAAGAUGGUCCGACGCGGGACGCUCGUCUGGAGUUGCAUGAAUGGGAUGUAUGGUUCUAUACAGAUGUUGGUUGGAACACCACUACCCCGCCAAAAUCUAUCUGCAGCGAGGAGUGUGAAAGUCGGCAGGUAAAGGAUCGCAUCCCGGAUACUGCCACAUGCUGCUGGAACUGCCGUCAAUGUGAGCUGAACGAGAUCGGUGCCACCGAGUCUGAAUGUGUGGCAUGUCCAGCAGACGCCCUCCCCGACCCGUCCACAGAUUAUACCACCUGUAUGACCGUUGAGCCUGUCCCUCUGGUCUUCCACAGCUGGCUUGGUCCUUUCCUAGUGGGCCUUUCUGGUCUUGGUCUCCUGACUGCUCUUAUUAUAUUUCUUCUGUAUGUCUAUAACAUCAAUGACACACUACUCAGAGGUUCCGAUCCAGUUCUUCAUUUACUAACCUUGUUUGGUACGGUUACCGGUUUCACCGUCGGACUUAUGGCCGUGCUGCCUCCUUCCAGGAUCAUCUGUACCUUUACCAGAAUCGCGGGAUCCGUCACCUACACCAUCAUUUACGUGCCCCUUGCAAUCAAAUGUGUACGACUCUACCGAAUCUUCAAGAAGGCAAAGGCCACUGACUCACAAGAAAAUGCUCACUUGCUGAGCCUUUGUGGUCAAUUCACAUUGUUUGUCCUAGCAGUCCUGAUCCAGCUAGCAAUAGAAACAACAUGGCUCCUUUUGUAUCCAAGCAAGGUCGUUCCAGUUUCCUACGAACAAAACGGUGAGCUCAAGAUCCAGAUGUGGUGCGAUGUCUUUUGGCCGGAACCUCUCUCAACUAUCAUCUAUAACUUCCCCUUUCUCAUCAUCUGCUGCAUCUUCACCAUCCUUGGUCGCCAUCUUCCCGACAACUAUCACGAAGCUCGCUUCAUUGCAUUCUCGUCGUUCGGAAGUUGCAUCCUCAUUGGCGCAUUCAGCGUCCCCUACGUCACUGCCAACCUGGAAUUCGAAAGUAGUUUGUAUUCCGAUAUCCUGACGAGCUUAAACGCUAUUCUCGUCCUUGUAUGUCUCUUCGUCAUCAAGUUGUACGCUGUGAUCUGCAUUACACCGGAAGUUCCUAAACUGAUCGGGAGUGCACUAGCACCGAGCGCGUUGGGGAUAUACAAGGACCGUGCGCGUACGCGUACUACGAGCAGCAGCGCGGAGAGUCACGUGAGCACGACUAAUCUGGUUCGGAGGCCAAGGACGAAAUCUAGCGAACCGAAAGAGGUUACUUUCAGCGAUAUCCGGCCAACUAUCGGAGACAUCAAUGAAGAAACCGAAAAUACCAGACUAUAGAAUGAAGGGUAUUUACAAAAUACGUUCUUUGGUUGGUUAAUACAACAUAGCUUCGAGGAACCUGAUAAAUUAUCGGUUUGAAAUGUGUCUGAAGAUGCAAAUAAACUUUUAUUGGUUCGGAAAAACAUAAAUUAUCAUUGCAGUACCUGCCUUCUCAUUCUCAUCGCAAGGUGGAGCUAUAUUCAAUUGGUGAAUUGUAUUACUUUGAUCCCCCUGUACCACGUAUACUAACUACUUCUACAUGUAUUUCAACCACUAGCAAUAAUGUCUCCUAUAUCAUAAGUUCAUGAAUUUGUGUGUGACGAUUCGAGAACAUUGAAACGAUCUCAAGUUCGUAAUACCGUUACAUAAUUAAGUAAUAAUUUAUAAUGUUUGAAAUUUGAUUGACCCAUUGGCGUGCAAUAUCUAUGUAGUGUUAUUGAUUAGCAAUUAAACUUGAAUUUCCAUGCAAGAUCGUAUCUUUACCGGGUUGUUUAUCCUACCAUGACAGGCACAGCUUCGUCAGUGACGAAUUCGAAUGAAUUGCCAGAAGAGAUAUUUUCCUUAUAUACACAGUAUCACAACGAUAUAUGCCCAUCAAGAACGAUAUGGUGAAUGUGCAUUGAUCAUUUUGUUCGUUUUGGGGAUUCAUUGAUCUAUUUCACUUCCUUGGUAGAGGUCGUCUAUAGCAGGGUAAUCGAAGAGAAAGCAGGUAAAUAUAGAAAAAAAACGUAGGCGUAUACAGAAACAUGUAGAUGUGGUCAGUAUCACUGACUUUAAACAAUUACUUAUGCAUGAAAUGAUUAGGGCAUGGUGCCCCUUCCAACUUUCCUACUACGUUUUGUUAUGGUGAAAUAUGCUUCUUUGUGACAUUGGGUGUCUUGGACAUGAAUAAGAACCACUGAAUUCUGAAUAGUGUAGAGAUCAGUGAUAAAAAAGAAACUGAAUAGAAUAUCACGUUUAAUCUUUUUUGCUGUAUGAUUAGUAGGGUCCAUUAUGGUAAAUGAAA